AUUUCGGUUUCAAUAGACAGCCACAUAGCCGUUUUUAAAUGAAGUGCUUUUCGUUUUUAAUUUUUGUAGAUCUUUGCCAUAAUAUGCGAAUGCAGGAAAUUUACUUGCAAACAGAAAUGAAGCCUUUUGAGAAUCAGGAGUCCUAAAAACUGCAAAUUGAUAAUGGAAGGUUAUCAAAAAGUACCUAUCUACAUAUGUACAUAUGUAGUAAACAAAAGUCAGCUGAUUUUGUUGCUUAUGCGAAAGCCCAGUACACUCAGAUAUAAGAACAAUGUUUAUACUACGUUCUAGGUCCAUUAUAAACCUAAAAUUAUUUAGAUCUCCAAGCGCAUCUUGCCGUUACGUACAAUAUAACCAAGGUCAAUCUCCGGAGCCAAAAAUACGCGAAUACUUCUACUACAUCGAUCAUGAGGGAAUGCUCUUUUUGGACGAUGCAAAGAUGAAAAACUUCACCAGCUGCUUUAAGGAGAAGGAUUUUCUCAAGUUCUUUUUCAACCGCCUGCGGCUGAACAAAACAAAUAGAUAUGAAAGCGAAUUUCCAUACAUUUCCCUCUGUGGCCGUGAAAGGAAUUUUAUUAGAUGCGAUGACACGCCUGUUGUGUUUACUGAACAACUAAGGAAGGACGACACGGUGGUGCUCAGCUAUGCGCACUCGGGCCAGGUCCUAACCCUGCCUUACGAACCUCAUAAACUGUACAUGGAUCCGCGAAACGGAAGAGUCUAUCAUCCAGCAACGCCACAGGUGGGCGGAAUAGGCCUAGUCCGCUCCAAACUGGCCAUAGAGCUCAGCCAGCACUUCGAGUUCCCGGCAGGCGAGGCUUCGCCUAGUCAUUUUCGGUGGAACGGAGAACGAUUGGAGCUGCAGAACGAAUGGGUUGGCAAUACUCAGCGAUUUCCCAUGAACGAGGAGUGUAAAUAAUUGGAUAACUUUAAUCGAUUAAAAUUGAGACAACGAUAGGUUAUAACUUA